AUGGCGACCGGUGAGAGGCGAUCAAAUCUCAGGUUGCUCAGGACGUCAUUGAUUCUGGACCAAGGCGACACACGCACGACUCGCCAUGGAGACUGUCUCAGACUGUGUACUUACAACGCGAGAACAGUUUCCAUAGACGCUGACCUGCAUGCCCUUCUCGGAGCUGCAGAGCGUAUCAAAUUUCACGUGAUUGCUCUGCAGGAGACCAAGUGCAGAAGGAGCGACGUAAGACAGAUGAAUGACGGUACACUCGUCAUUCGUGGAGAGAACGUUCCGUCGCGAAAUGUAGGCGAUCCUGUCACCUCGUCUGGCCAUUCUCUGCGCCAAAAAUCCAUCAGUAUUAUCAACUGCUGUUCACCAACAUCAGCAGUUGAUGAUUCCGAAUUGGACGCGUUUUACGAGGAGCUGGAGGAAGUAGUCCGCAACGAGAAGUCCUUUUACAAAUUCGUUGUCGGAAACUUCAACGCAAAACUAGGAAAGGCCACAGAAGAGGAAUACAGGAUUGGAAGAUUUGGACUAGGGGACCGGAAUGAAAUUGGCAAUCGUGUCGCCGGGCUGUUGUCCGCCGCUCGCCUCUUUCGUGGGAACUCUUUUUUCAUGAAAAACGAUCAUCGUCGGUGGACAUGGGAAACGCCCAAUGGCGCGACUCGUGCGGAGAUCGACCACAUACUCACCAACCGGAGGUGGUGUCUACUUGACGUCUCAGUAGUACCAUCCUUUUGUAGUGGUUCUGAUCACCGUCUCCUUCGUGCGAAAAUACGACUUAGCCACACGAUGGAAAAGAACAUCUGCUAUCGGCAACGAAGGAGAAAAGAAGUCGUCUACGACGAUUGCGUACUCGAGGACUCCUUGUCCCAAGGUGACUGGCACAUCGAGGAGGACCCAAACGUGGACUACGAGAUGCUGCUCAGAGGAUUACGAGCCUGUGCUGAGCGUGCCUCGAAGCCGCGCACGACAAACUUGGAUCGAAUUUCGAAGACCACCAAGGAAUUGUUGGAAAGAAGAAGGGCUUUGAGGCUUGAUCCGAAUGCAUCGCACAUUGAGCGGUUAGUAGCAAACACUAGCUGCAGAGAAGCGUUGCAGGAGGAUCUUUUGAAGUACAGGCAGAAGAAGAUUCUAGAAGCAGCACAAAGAAGAACGAGUCUAAAGAAGUGCCGCAGGGAUCUCCGCGAAUAUAAUAUUCCGCUAGCAACCUUGCUGAGCGAAGACGGGACUCGCACGUCUUCUCGUCGUGAGAUGGAAAUCAUUACGGAGAGGUUCUACUCGAACCUUUUCCGUUCAUCAACUCCUGUGUCAAGCCCGAUCAUCCCCACUGGUGAAGCUCCACCACGGAUUCUCCCUUCGGAAGUACGAGUCGCUAUCAAGAGCAUGAAACCUGGCACAGCCCCCGGACCUGAUUUCAUAUCAGCAGGCUUUCUUCGGGCUGGUGGCCAUCCGCUUCAUGUAAUCUUAGCAGCGCACAUGACAUCCUUCCUUCAGAAAGAAAGGAUCCCAGACCAGUGGAAGACCUCGCGAACCGUUCUUAUCCAUAAGAAAGGUGACCGAGAGGACCUUCGGAACUACCGUCCGAUAUGCUUGCUGAGCGUGUUAUACAAAGUAUUCACCAAGAUCAUCCUCACACGCAUAUCUAGGACGCUGGAUGAAGCCCAGCCUCAAGAACAAGCUGGAUUCCGCCAGGGGUUCAGCUGCUUGGACCACAUCCAGACCGUGUCGAGGGUCAUAGAGGUUUGCCGGGAAUACCGCCUGCCCCUUGUUCUAACCUUCGUCGACUAUGAGAAAGCCUUUGACAGCGUAGAAACGAAUGCAAUACUGUCAGCGCUGGUCGAUCAAGGUGUGGACGCGUCGUAUGUGAGGACAUUAGCCAAUUGCUACGAACGAUGCACGACUAGGAUACAGCUUUUCCACCGCCCUCUCACCAUACCCAUUGGAAAGGGGGUACGACAAGGCGAUACUAUAUCGCCGAAGCCUUAUGCAUUGCAAUGGAUAAUGAAAUCACUAUCCUGGGAAGAAAGGGGCAUACGUGUUGAUGGAAGAUUUCUUUCGAACCUUCGUUUCGCGGACGACAUCGUUCUCUUUUCGAGCAGUACCAGUGAAGCAGAAACGAUGCUCAACGAAUUGAACGAAGCAGGGAAGAGAAUAGGACUACGAAUAAAUAGAAAAAAUACACAGUUCAUGAAGAACGCCCACUGCGAGGACGGAGGACUACAACUUGAAGGCUCCCAAAUCGUGGAAACUCCGUCAUACGUAUACCUCGGACGUUCUAUGAACAUGGAAAACGACUUGAAGGAAGAACUGAAUAGAAGAAUGAGAGCAGCAUCGGCAGCAUUCGCAGCCGUCAGGGAAGCUACGGACAAACUGACGGACCAAGAUCUUCGUGCCCAUCUGUUCGACUCGACAGUCCUUCCAUCGUUUUGUUACGCAGCGGAGACGUGGGCAGACACCGCGGUCAAGCUAGGAAGCCAGGAAGCUACUUACUACCCACAGAGCCCUUGA